AUGUCAAAUUUAUCAAAUCUGAAUGCUCCGAUUGAAAUGGAGUGUGAUUUGAGUUAUGAUAACUCUUGGGAAAUUAUCAAAUACUCCUUGCAAUUUGCCUAUCUCAUCCCGGGAAUUUUGAUGCAUUUUGGGAUUUUGAGGACAGUUUUAUGGAAGUAUUGGAGUAUUUAUAGGGAUAAUUCGUUUUUUAUGAUUUAUACGGUGGAUUCGAUGGCGGUGAGUGUGAACCGCAAGCUUCCGGCACUGUCUUCCGCCAAGCGGCCAGGCCUAAGGUCUCAGCCCGAGCUCCAGGCUCAAGCCUAAGUCUAGUCUUAACUCCUGUGAUGCCUCCUAGAGAGACGCAGAGACUCGUGCACUCUCGUGCACUCAUGUAUCUCUCCUUCUCUCUAGAGACAUUCAUUCUUUAUGUUGUGGCCAUAGACAUCAGCCCUUUGGCAUAUUUAUGUACAAUAAAGAUCUUACAUGUACAAAUGUCUACCUAUGAAUGAGUCUGGGUGAAGAUGAUGAUUGGGAGAUCAUCUACCUUCACACUCCCGAGCGCCCCUGGCGCGAGUGUAGACCAGAAGCUUCCGCGAAGCGGCCAGGCCUAAGGUCAGGUCUCCGCCCGAGCUCCAGGCUCAAGCCUAGGUAUAGUCUUAAUUCCCGAGCGCCCCUGGCGCGAGUGUAAACCGCAAGCUUCCGCGAAGCGGCCAGGGUCAGGUCUCCGAUCUCAAAAUCCCAAAAUGUUUCCAGAGUCUCAUAAUAUUAACCCACGAUACAUUAAUAAAUCGCCCAGUAUUAUUCAUCCCUCCACUCUGCCCUAUUCUUUCCCCAUUUUUCUUCGAACCCUCGAUUCUCCUCAAAACCCUCUUCAUAAUUCCGAACUAUUUUCGAGCUAUCAAAUCUGUUACUCAAAUUUUAAUGAGUAUAAAUUGUAUGACUUGUGUGAUAUUCCCCAUGGAUUAUAUCAGAAUUUGGAAAAAAUAUCUGAAAUUUGCGAUAAUUAUCACACUCCUCAGCCCAUUUUUGGUUGUCUGGAACUUGAUUUUAUCGCGAGUUUAUGUGAUGGCAACUUUUGGCGGGUUUUCUUGUAACUAUAUCAAAUAUGUGAAAUGGGCAAGUCUAUCACAACUUUUAUUGAUUUUUAUAAUCUUGGCAAUAUUUAUCACAAUAAUUAGCACUGUUAUAACUCUGAUUUAUUUAUUCGCUCUUCCAAUGCGCCUCAAAGCUGCUGAAAAAACUUUGUGCUUUUUGAAUUUGACAAUUUCUGCAUCAUUUUUAUUUGUGGCUGGCGGUCAAAGUUUAUUCGCAUUUUUCCAGUUUGUUGAUUCGAGUACAAUUUAUGUAUUGCAAUAUUUUGCCUAUGAUUUUUUGAAUCUAAGCAGUCCGAUUGUUAUGGUUUUGAUAAAUCCACAACUUCGUGGGCAUAUUUUGAAAGGAAUAAAUGGGGAAAACGAAAAUGGGAACAGAAAUUUUUGA